AUGACCAGUACCAACAGCAUCGAGUUCCGGCCGCUGACCGGCAACGAGCCCGUCGAGGACCACCAGAUAACCGUCUGCGUCCGCAAGAGGCCGCUCAACAAGAAGGAGGUGGCCAAGAAGGAGGUGGACGUGAUAAGCGUGCCCACCAAAGACCAGAUGAUAGUCCACGAGCCGAAGAACAAAGUGGACCUCACGAAGUACCUUGAAAACCAGAAGUUUCGCUUCGACUACGCCUUCGACGACUCCUGCACCAAUGAAGUUGUUUACAAAUACACGGCCAAGCCGCUGGUGCAGACGAUCUUCGAAGGUGGCAUGGCCACGUGCUUCGCCUACGGGCAGACCGGCUCCGGCAAGACGCACACUAUGGGCGGCGACUUCCAGGGCAAGACGCAAGACUGCAAGAAGGGCAUCUACGCGAUGGCGGCUCGCGACGUGUUCGCGUACCUGAAGUCGCCCAAGUACAAGCCGCUCAACCUCAUCGUCUCCGCCUCCUUCUUCGAGAUCUACUCCGGGAAGGUGUUCGACCUGCUAGCGGACAAGGCGAAGCUGCGCGUGUUAGAGGACGGCAAGCAGCAGGUGCAGAUCGUGGGGCUGACGGAGAAGGUGGUGGACAACGUCGACGAGGUGCUCAAGCUCAUCCACCACGGCAACGCCGCGCGCACCUCCGGACAGACGUCAGCAAACUCGAAUUCGUCGCGGUCGCACGCGGUGUUCCAAAUAGUGGUCCGCUCGCCCGGCAUGCACCGCGUGCACGGCAAGUUCUCGCUCAUCGACCUCGCCGGCAACGAGCGCGGCGCCGACACCUCCAGCGCCAACCGCCAGACACGCAUGGAGAGCGCAGAAAUCAACAAAUCCCUGCUAGCCCUCAAGGAGUGUAUUCGCGCGUUAGGCAUGAAGGGCAACAACCACCUGCCCUUCCGAGUGUCCAAACUAACGCAAGUGCUUCGCGACAGCUUCAUCGGCGACAAGUCGCGCACCUGCAUGAUCGCCAUGAUUUCGCCCGCCAUGUCCUCGUGCGAGCAUUCGCUGAACACGCUGCGAUACGCAGACAGAGUGAAAGAGCUGGGCACGAACGACGCGCGGCGCGCCGAGUCGCCGCUGGCCGACGUCGACAUGGAGCCCGCGCACGACGACCUGGCGCAUCUACGCUCGCUCAACGAAGGCGACAUGUCAGCAGAGAUGUACACGUUCCACGAGGCCAUCGACGAGCUGCAGCGCGCCGAGGAGGAGGUGCUCGACAACCACAAGGCCAUCUCCGACUACCUGCAGCACGCGCUGCAACGCUGCUCCCAGCUGCUGGCGCUCACGCGGGACGUGGACUACGACCAGGACGGUGGGUGCUGUACUACCACAAGGCCAUCUCCGACUACCUGCAGCACGCGCUGCAACGCUGCUCCCAGCUGCUGGCGCUCACGCGGGACGUGGACUACGACCAGGACGGUGGGUGCUGUACUACCACAAGGCCAUCUCCGACUACCUGCAGCACGCGCUGCAACGCUGCUCCCAGCUGCUGGCGCUCACGCGGGACGUGGACUACGACCAGGACGGUGGGUGCUGUACUACCACAAGGCCAUCUCCGACUACCUGCAGCACGCGCUGCAACGCUGCUCCCAGCUGCUGGCGCUCACGCGGGACGUGGACUACGACCAGGACGGUGGGUGCUGUACUACCACAAGGCCAUCUCCGACUACCUGCAGCACGCGCUGCAACGCUGCUCCCAGCUGCUGGCGCUCACGCGGGACGUGGACUACGACCAGGACGGUGGGUGCUGUACUACCACAAGGCCAUCUCCGACUACCUGCAGCACGCGCUGCAACGCUGCUCCCAGCUGCUGGCGCUCACGCGGGACGUGGACUACGACCAGGACGGUGGGUGCUGUACUACCACAAGGCCAUCUCCGACUACCUGCAGCACGCGCUGCAACGCUGCUCCCAGCUGCUGGCGCUCACGCGGGACGUGGACUACGACCAGGACGGUGGGUGCUGUACUACCACAAGGCCAUCUCCGACUACCUGCAGCACGCGCUGCAACGCUGCUCCCAGCUGCUGGCGCUCACGCGGGACGUGGACUACGACCAGGACGGUGGGUGCUGUACUACCACAAGGCCAUCUCCGACUACCUGCAGCACGCGCUGCAACGCUGCUCCCAGCUGCUGGCGCUCACGCGGGACGUGGACUACGACCAGGACGGUGGGUGCUGUACUACCACAAGGCCAUCUCCGACUACCUGCAGCACGCGCUGCAACGCUGCUCCCAGCUGCUGGCGCUCACGCGGGACGUGGACUACGACCAGGACGGUGGGUGCUGUACUACCACAAGGCCAUCUCCGACUACCUGCAGCACGCGCUGCAACGCUGCUCCCAGCUGCUGGCGCUCACGCGGGACGUGGACUACGACCAGGACGGUGGGUGCUGUACUACCACAAGGCCAUCUCCGACUACCUGCAGCACGCGCUGCAACGCUGCUCCCAGCUGCUGGCGCUCACGCGGGACGUGGACUACGACCAGGACGGUGGGUGCUGUACUACCACAAGGCCAUCUCCGACUACCUGCAGCACGCGCUGCAACGCUGCUCCCAGCUGCUGGCGCUCACGCGGGACGUGGACUACGACCAGGACGGUGGGUGCUGUACUACCACAAGGACAUCUCCGACUACCUGCAGCACGCGCUGCAACGCUGCUCCCAGCUGCUGGCGCUCACGCGGGACGUGGACUACGACCAGGACGGUGGGUGCUGUACUACCACAAGGCCAUCUCCGACUACCUGCAGCACGCGCUGCAACGCUGCUCCCAGCUGCUGGCGCUCACGCGGGACGUGGACUACGACCAGGACGGUGGGUGCUGUACUACCACAAGGCCAUCUCCGACUACCUGCAGCACGCGCUGCAACGCUGCUCCCAGCUGCUGGCGCUCACGCGGGACGUGGACUACGACCAGGACGGUGGGUGCUGUACUACCACAAGGCCAUCUCCGACUACCUGCAGCACGCGCUGCAACGCUGCUCCCAGCUGCUGGCGCUCACGCGGGACGUGGACUACGACCAGGACGGUGGGUGCUGUACUACCACAAGGCCAUCUCCGACUACCUGCAGCACGCGCUGCAACGCUGCUCCCAGCUGCUGGCGCUCACGCGGGACGUGGACUACGACCAGGACGGUGGGUGCUGUACUACCACAAGGCCAUCUCCGACUACCUGCAGCACGCGCUGCAACGCUGCUCCCAGCUGCUGGCGCUCACGCGGGACGUGGACUACGACCAGGACGGUGGGUGCUGUACUACCACAAGGCCAUCUCCGACUACCUGCAGCACGCGCUGCAACGCUGCUCCCAGCUGCUGGCGCUCACGCGGGACGUGGACUACGACCAGGACGGUGGGUGCUGUACUACCACAAGGCCAUCUCCGACUACCUGCAGCACGCGCUGCAACGCUGCUCCCAGCUGCUGGCGCUCACGCGGGACGUGGACUACGACCAGGACGGUGGGUGCUGUACUACCACAAGGCCAUCUCCGACUACCUGCAGCACGCGCUGCAACGCUGCUCCCAGCUGCUGGCGCUCACGCGGGACGUGGACUACGACCAGGACGGUGGGUGCUGUACUACCACAAGGCCAUCUCCGACUACCUGCAGCACGCGCUGCAACGCUGCUCCCAGCUGCUGGCGCUCACGCGGGACGUGGACUACGACCAGGACGGUGGGUGCUGUACUACCACAAGGCCAUCUCCGACUACCUGCAGCACGCGCUGCAACGCUGCUCCCAGCUGCUGGCGCUCACGCGGGACGUGGACUACGACCAGGACGGUGGGUGCUGUACUACCACAAGGCCAUCUCCGACUACCUGCAGCACGCGCUGCAACGCUGCUCCCAGCUGCUGGCGCUCACGCGGGACGUGGACUACGACCAGGACGGUGGGUGCUGUACUACCACAAGGCCAUCUCCGACUACCUGCAGCACGCGCUGCAACGCUGCUCCCAGCUGCUGGCGCUCACGCGGGACGUGGACUACGACCAGGACGGUGGGUGCUGUACUACCACAAGGCCAUCUCCGACUACCUGCAGCACGCGCUGCAACGCUGCUCCCAGCUGCUGGCGCUCACGCGGGACGUGGACUACGACCAGGACGCGUACGCGACGCAAUGGGAGGAGCUUCUAAACGAACAGUUAGCCGUACUGGCGCAGUCUCGCGACCUGGUGGCCGAGUUCCGCGCCAAGAUGCAGCAGGAGGAGCACAUCUCACGUCGCAUCCAACCGCGCCAUCACUAGCGCCGCCUACCAGGCAGCGAGAGAUUUGUAAGCGGAAGGUGAACGCUGUGUAUUCAAAGCUGGCAACACCAGCGGACUUAACGCCAUUAUAUUUUUGUUCAACAAGUCGUGAUGACAAUCCGACCGUUCCUAGUUUCCGGUGAAAGUUAGUAACCCGCUAAAAGUGAAUUAAACAAGGCUGUUUCGAGUUAGUCGACCUGAUGACAGUUGAAUUCGAUGUGAGUAGUUUUUUUGUUAGAAGUUUCGCGUUAUCGUUUACAAAUCUCACUCUCAACCGUGAUGGACUGUCGAACCGUCUGCGUUUCGUUGCCGCGUACUCGUUUGAUGUAUCGGGGGAUAGAUAGGAGACGCGUUUGUGAUGUUUCGAGAAUAGAAUCUCUACGGAAUCGUUUGUAUCGCUGAUCUCUGUGUACAUGACGGUAGAUGUGUUGUGACGUCACUGCGCCCGCUCGCAGUGACCCGGAAUUUUAACGAGAUCAAAUCACCAGAAGUAUUCAAUCGAAACCGAAGAAUAUUCCGUAGCUGGCCUACUAUUGUUUCGCUUUUUUUCUCGUAAAAAUUUCCUGUACGCAUGUUUUGAUUUUCAUCUUUAAUUUUUUUUCAUGAAACUUAAUUACAAUGACGUCGUCGACGCAAUUAGUGCCGUCGUGUUAUGGAAACGAUAGACUGUUUAUUGUAGGGAGUGUUAAAAGCACAAACGCGCUGAUUGUGUUUAUUUUGCCUGAAGCGGUGGUGUCGUCAUCGACGUCACUUUUCGUCUCGAAAUCGAUUCGUGUGUAAGUCAACGCUAUUUGGUGCGAUUAUUGUUUAAUUUAUAUAGAAACGUUAUUACGUUGAUUCCUUAGCCCCUAACAUAAGUGACCUAUUAAUUUCUGAAUGCAUUUAACUCCGCUAAGGCCUACUUCUAAAAUUGUAGAUAUUUGUAUGGAUUGGAAGUACAAAGUGGCGUCGCGAGAGCCAGUGAUGUGUGUUGCAUGACAUUAGUAGUGCGUCUAGUUCGGUGCGUCAGAGUAUUACAUGUAAUGUUGUGAAACAAAUUGUUUGUCGGUUACAUUUGAAAUUUAGCUAGCUCUGUUUUGCGCGAAUUUGGUAUUCACUAAACAUUCUUUUUCUGAAUCGAACGUUAACAUUGUAUAGGCUUUUUCUUAGUUAUAUGUGGCUCAUAUUCUAAAAAUUUUGACAAUUUGUAUAAGUGCUCAAUCCUCAGUCAAUACCAGCCUCGCGCAAACAACUUGAGCAUUUAUACAUAAGAGUUUAAGGUUUGUUGUAAUUCGGUAACAUAUCUUUUGCCUUACAAAGUCGCUUGUUAUUACUAUCGUUAUACGACUCGAUGUGAGAUAUGUAAACUCGUCCUUAUUUCUAUGGAGAUAGGUUUGUUUUACAGCGACAACGAAAUGAUAUCUGCCAGUGUUGAAGUUUAAAAAAUUGUAAUUGGAAUGUUGACUGUUCAGCAAAAUACAAAAAAGGUAAAAUGGUAUUGCAGACAUCCUAGCAGAUAUGUAAUUUUGUUGUUGGCUGUAUUUUGAAAGAAUAUAUGUAUUUUUCGCACCUGGAAAUGGAUGGGACUGUAAGAUUAAAAUCGAUUCCUUCCAGUAUCGAGAUUAUGCUUGGACUCAGCUCAAACGGAUCCGAGUCUCAACUGAUUUUCUCGCGCUGUGCAAGCGGGAGGUGCAUCUUAGCUCGUUAUCGAUAUUUCAGUUUGAGUGCGGCGGCCAUAUUUUAUUUACAUAGUGAUUUCGGACAUUGGCGUACUCUGAUAAUGGCACUCAAACGACCAUCGACGUAGACACGGUUGUAUUAUAAUUUUAUUGUUAGUCUAACACCCUGUUAAUGUAACAUGUAAUGUAACAAAUAAAUAAUGCUUAGGCUUACCAGGACAUCGUCAACUUUGUGUUUUGAUUGUACCCCGGGCUCGAGCGAGCCGAUGAGGUGUUGUGUAUAGUAGCCUCUUUCCAGCGAUGAAAUAAAUAAGACAUUAAGAACAUCGACGCCGCGAGCGUGCCCCGUGGCCGCGCAGGCGUCUCGGUGUAACGUAGAUCAAGAUUUAUUUACUAGAGUAAUUAAUGAACAUGACUGACAUGAGCCGGUGAGAUAAAUUUCUAUACACAGAUUUUACUCUUACCUUUGUACUGUAAUUAUAAUUUAUUUUUACUAUUAUCGUCUAAUAAAAAUACAUUCAUCUCAUAAAAAUCGCAAAACGUGUAACGUGUUUGUUUAAUUAUAAAAAACGUAAAACUACUGAAAAGACUCGUGUAACUGUAAGUUUUUUUUUCAAGUCAGUACAUUUAAUAUUUUUUCAUUUAUUUAUUAUGUUGUGAUAAAUCAUUAUAUUGGAGUGUUCCGUGACGGGCGUUCGCGCUUUCUUAUUUUUCGGAGUCGUGCUAAAUUUGUAAUUAAUUGUAAUUCAUUUUGUCAAGCAAUAAGCGUUGUGUAAGUUGUUAUGUGGUCGCCCGGUGCUAGACGGAGGCCGUCGCUUCGACCCGCGUCUGAAGGCUCGAAGCCGUCGAGAGGCGACGUUGGGCCACUCAACAUACAAACCGGUUGAUGCGAUCGACUCGUGGCUUUCGUAAAUUCCUAAACUGUCCUGUACUCCGCCGGGGAAGCCAUCUCCGGCCGGUUCUACGUAUACUGUAGCUUACAAAAGAAGUUAUUAGAUAGUGCUUUAUUAAUAAAUGAAUAAAGAAAUCGGCGCUCUGUAUCAGAGUCGCUGCUUACGCCGAUGUUUGAUUGUACUGAACGAAAUCUCUCUUUACUAUAUUUUUUUAAUUGUAUUAUUGAGAUGUGUCGUUUGCCGCGAGGUCGUAGGGAGCGCGGGCGAGCGAGCCCGCGCGUUACGUCUAGUUGAAAUGCUUUAUUAUAAUAAACAUAUUUUAACAUCGCACAUUAUAAUAAAUUAAUCGAAAUUGA